AUGGCCGAUCCCGAGAUACCGGCCGCGAGCCUGUCCUCGCCCGAGAUUGCCAUCCAUAGCGGCGACGGUUCCGAUUCCGAGCCUCGUCCACCCCUGACCCCUCACAUGUACGUCCAGCCUUCUCGCGAAUCCAAUGCCUUGGUCUGGUCUCACCCUCAUCCACCCCGCGCCGCACGCACAUCACCCUCGGAACCCACAGCACACACCAAGAGCUAUCACAGCCCCAUGCGCCACCACCGUCGCACACCAUCCGCCCACCGCGAGGUCAAGGAGACUCUCGACGCCCGCACAGAGUACCCCGGCGAAGGGGACGAGGGCCAGAGCCACCACCGCAUCAACCAGUACAUCAUCAAGGAGGAGAUUGGCCGAGGCUCCUACGGCGCCGUCCACCUCGCUGUCGAUCAGUUUGGUACCGAAUAUGUCAGUCAUCCGCCGACUAUCACAUUCAAUUUGGGCCGUGCUUACCUGCCCCAGGCCGUCAAGGAGUUUUCCAAGGCGAGUGAGGAGUGCUGCCGUUGCUGGUUCCGCGACCUGAUUCUGGGCAUCGAGUAUCCUCCAGUCCAUGCCCAAGGUGUCAUUCACCGCGACAUCAAACCGGACAAUCUUCUUCUGACGGAAGACGAGGUUCUCAAGGUCGUCGACUUUGGCGUCUCGGAAAUGUUCGAGAAGCCAGACAGGAUGAUGACAGCCAAGUCGGCCGGCUCCCCCGCCUUUCUAGCCCCUGAGCUCUGCGUGGCCCGUCAUGGUGAUGUCUCGGGCAAGGCUGCUGAUAUUUGGUCCAUGGGCGUCUCUCUGUACUGCCUGCGCUACGGCAAGCUGCCUUUCAGCCACGACGGCGUCUUGGAGAUAUACGAGGCGAUAAAAAGCGAUCCUCACGAGGUGCCAGAAGAUGAGAAUCCUCACUUGGCAGACCUCCUUAGCAAAAUCCUCGAGAAAGACCCCCAGAACCGCAUCAAGAUGGCCGACCUACGGCAACAUCCCUGGGUCACCAAGGAAGGCGCCGACCCCCUGCUCUCGGAAGACGAUAACUGUGCGAUGCUUGUCGACCCCCCUAACGAGCUUGAACUGAACCGCGCUUUCACCAGGAAGAUGAAUCAUCUCCUCUGCGUCAUGAAGGCCAUCCAGAAAUUCAAAGUCGUCCUAGCCCGACACCGCGCCAACGCCGCCAACCGCAGGGACGACGCUCUGCCUGCCCCCAAGGAGUCUGAUUUCGACCCGGCCGAGGCCCGCGCCCGCGCCGAGGAGAUUGAGGCUCUCGUCGAGCGGCGUCGCAACUUUAUCGCCCGCCACAACUCGAGCCGCGGCACCGGCGACGGCAGCAGGGCCGCGUCCCCACGCCCCGAAGCGGUUCCUGAGCUCUUGACCGAGCUGGAGCCCCUCUUCCUCGGUAUCGGCACCGGCGCGUGCGACGAGUUUGGCGAGCCUUUGACUGCCGAUACGGUGGCCGAGUCACCGACGAAUGCCGACUUUAAUGUCUACGACCGGGCGUACGAGGAGGAGGUGCAGCGCAUCAUGGCCAAUCCGGCGAGGAAACCGACGAUGUACCUAACACGCUUUGUCAAGGAAAGGGAGAAUUACCGCACAGUGGCCAACGUUGUGGAUGGUACGGGAGGACAUGGCCCAGGUCCUGAUGAGGGUAAGGGGCGGUUCGCCGACUUGGUGACGAGGCUGGGGCAGGCGGUAAGGAGCAAGGAGGAGAGCAGGGAGCCCGCCGGGGCAGAUAGUGAGAAGGGCGAGGUCGCCGAUAAGCUGGAGCAGGCCAGUGGCAUGCCGCACGAGGCAAUCGCCGAGGGCCAGGGUCAAGUCGUCGCCGCCGGUGAGAAGGAGGCGUUGACAGCGAGCUGA